AUGGCUUCAGUCAAGUCAAUAUCGUCUGAAAAAGACGAAGACCGUGACAUUUUGAAUGAUGAUCUAAUUGAGGAAGAGGAGCAGGAGGAUGUUAGCUCGGAGUUGAACUGCUCCCAAAGAGAAUAUCUUGAGUAUAAUCAACGACUAGAUGGGUUUCUAGAGCCCCUGUGUUUGGAUGAGGGGGUGCUGUACACAUUGGCGCGCCGGUUCUCCAGCACAUACCACCACUUGGCCCUUACUUCGGAUCAGCAGUUUUUACCCACACCAGUGACUCAACUCCCCACAGGUCAGGAGACAGGUCGCUAUCUAGCCAUUGAUGUUGGUGGAAGUAAUUUGCGCGUGGCAUUUAUUGAGCUACUGGGUGAGCUGGACUCUGAUGUUCCUUCUACAGAUGCCUUAGACAGGUCACGCGACACUAUUCGCAAGGCCCAACGUCAACGUGUGAAGCGGACUUUGGAGCGAGCAUGGCCGAUCCAAGAACAUUUGAAAAAGGACAAGGCUGAGGAUCUGUUUGCAUGGAUCGGCGACUGCAUUGCAGAGGUGGUGGCAGAAAGUCUAACGUCGGACGCUACCAAGAAAGACAUUCCCCCAGAACUAGAUAUGGGAAUUACAUUCAGUUUUCCCAUUAUGCAAGAAUCUUUGGCAGAAGCUACAUUGAUGCCCAUGGGCAAGGGAUUUGCCAUAACAUCAAAUCUCGAUCUUCGUAACAUCCUGUUGCAUGGCUACGAGAAACACACAAGAAGACCCGAUGACGAAGAUGAGCCUACCACCAAGCGCCGGAAACUAUUUGCUCUACCCAAAUUGAAGAUACAGGCUAUCACGAACGACGCUGUUGCAACACUGGCUUCGCUUGCCUAUUCCGUCAAGUCAUUACCGAACAGCCGAGUCGCCAUGGGAAUUAUCGUUGGAACGGGAUGUAACGCGACAAUACCGAUGAAACUGACCGAUCUCCAUGAAUCUAAGGCUAAAAGUGUCAACUCAAUGGACCCCGGGGCUGUAGAAACCAUUGUCAACACUGAGUGGACCAUCUCAGGGGCUGCGCCACCACUUAGCGAACUCAACAUUAUCACCAUAUGGGACGUCGAGCUAGAUAGAGCAUGUGCACGACCAGGUUUCCAACCAUUUGAAUACAUGAUUGGAGGACGAUACAUCGGCGAACUGAUCCGUCUCAUUCUGUACGACUACCUCACCAAAAUUUCAGGACUAUCCAAGAGGACUCUCCCUGCAAACAUCAUCCAAGAAUACGCCCUGACUACCACCUACAUCUCGGACAAUGUGGCACGAGCCCGAUCAGACCAAGACCUUGCAGAAGAUCUGAACCAAUCUCUUCGGUCACCAGAGAGCAGUGACUGGCAAUGGGAUGCGCGUACAGCUGGUGCAUUCCGCAGAAUCGCACGGACAGUACAAAGGCGAUCGGCUGGACUGAUUGCUGCAGCUGUAAUAGGUCUACUAGCUUGUUGCCAUGAGAUUGAGCUGAAGGAAGACAGCAAAAGUACCACACCCGAAAAUGCAACUUCGCCGCAAAGUAACGGUGAAACCCCUGUCGAAAGUGCAACGGCAGCAGUCCCAGCCGCAGCGUCUCUAUUAGCCCCAAGUGGGAACAACUUCCGUGGUCUUGUUGUCCCUGUUCUGCAGCCAAGCCCGGAGGACUGGCAAUCUGGUCCCGAGGAGCUGGUCGUUGCUUACACGGGGGGUAUCAUUCAACAUUACCCCCAAUUCAAGGAGAUGUGUCAACAACACAUCGACCGCCUGAUCAUGCGCACUGGUCCACAAAGAGGAGGAAAGUCGGUUUUCUUACGAGAGGCCUCAGAUGGUGGUGUUAUUGGAGCAGGCGUUUUGGUCGGCAUGGUUGUUAACAAGUAG